CAUAUAUAUAGAUAUAUCUAUUUUUUUUUAUGUAAAUCUAGUUGUAAAUCAAAGAUACAAAAUGAAAUUAUUUUUAUGUGCCAUUGCUGUGAUGCUUUGUGUGGCGGCGACAAUCGCCGCUGUCGACUUUGACUGCCCCAAACCCAAUGGCCAAUUCGCCGAUGAAGAGCAAUGCGACAAAUAUUAUGAAUGCUCGGACGGUGUGCCCAAGGCAAAACUCUGCCCCGAUGGCCUUGUCUUCGAUCCACUGAAUCGCAAGAUCAACAAAUGCGAUCAGCCCUUCAAUGUGGACUGCGAGGAUCGCACGCUCUUGCAGGAGCCCAAGUCCACUAAGUAUUGUCCGCGCAAAAAUGGUUUCUUUGCCCAUCCGGAGCCGCAUAUCUGCAACAUCUUUUACAAUUGCAUUGAGGGCGAUGCUUUGGAAAUGAAGUGUACCGUUGGCCUGCACUUCGACGAGUAUUCCGGCACCUGCGUGUGGCCGGAUACGGCCAAGCGUGAGGGCUGCGCCGAUCCAGAGAAAAAAACUGAGAGCGGCUUCUCGUGCCCCAAGGAUCAGCCCAAAAUGGAUGCGCGCGGCCAGGUUGUCAGCCAUCCGAAAUAUCCCCAUCCCACCGAUUGCCAAAAGUUCUAUGUCUGCCUGAACGGCGAGGAUCCCAGAGACUUGGGCUGCCAGCUGGGCGAGGUCUACAACGACGUGACUGAGAUGUGCGAUGCGCCCGAAAAUGUGCCCGGCUGCGAGGACUGGUACAAGGAUACCAGCGACGAUGACGACGGCACCAACAAGAAGCCCUCGUCCAGGAGCUGAGCUUCAUACCAUCCGCUGAUAUCAUAAAAAAUACAAGAAAAC